GUACAUUCAACAAUUAGUGUCACUUUAAUUAUAAAUCGAAAUAAGUUGUUCUGAAUAAUAUUCAGGUUUUGCCUAGAGAAAGCUUGUUAUGUCUAUGUCCUUUAUUUAGCUGCUUUCAUACACAUAUGUCGUCGAAUCUCCGCCUGAGAAUCAUUCUGCUUGCUGUGCUGGUGCUCUUGGCAAUGCAUACCGCUACAGCCAACUCUCGACCGCCACGCAACAAUGACAUCAGCAGUAUGGCCGAUGCACUCAAAUACUUACAAGACCUGGACACAUAUUACGGCGAACGCUCUCGAGCCAGGUUUGGUAAGCGUACGCCGCUACUAUUGAUGUUACGACAACGAUUGCUGGAAACUCCUGAUCAGGCACAUAUCAAUGAUAAUCCAUCAGCUGAUGAACCUUUUUAAAACUGAUGCGAUACAAACUCAAUUACAAACAUAAAUUUACGUU